AUGUGCAGAGCUGAGGGCGGGGCCGGUGUCACUGACCCCCUGCGGACCCCCUACGGACCCCCUACGGACCCCCUACAGACCCCCUACGGACCCCCUACAGACCCCCUACGGACCACCUACGGACCCCCUACAGACCCCCUACGGACCCCCUGCGAACCCCCUACAGACCCCCUACGGACCACCUACGGACCACCUACGGACCCCACUGCGGACCCCCUACGGACCCCCUACGGACCCCCUGCGGACCCCCUACGGACCCCCUACGGACCCCCUACAGACCCCCUAACGGACCACCUACGGACCCCCUAA